AUGGGAUGCGCAUAAGUUAAGUAAAAAUAGAAAGGAGCUGCGAUUUAGUAUGAAAUUUAUGAAAGAGCCGAGCCUUCUGUAAUAUAAGUGUAGAAAAGAUAUGAUAUUCAAAAAAAUCCUAUAGUUUAACGAAGAGUUAAAAGUCAUUCAUAAACCCCUGACUUAUAAAAUAGAACUAAAUAAUAUUCUGAUUUACUUCCAAGUUCCAAACCCUAAUUUUGA